AUGCACUGCCACGCGGAGCUGCGGCUCACCUCGCCCGGCCAGCUCAAAGCAGCCAGGCGGCGCUACAAGACUUUCAUGAUCGACGAGAUCCUGUCCAAGGAGACGUGCGACUACUUUGAGAAACUGUCCCUCUACUCCGUGUGCCCCUCGCUGGUCGUGCGACCCAAGCCCCUGCAUUCCUGCACCGGCCCCGCCUCCCUCCGGGCAUACCCUCUCCUCUCCGUGAUCACCCGACAGCCCGCCGUCAUUUCUCACCUGGUCCCCGCCACCCCGGGAAUCGCCCAGACGCUAUCCCGCCACCCCGCUGCCCCCGAGGCGGCCCCCGCUGAGGCCCCGGGCGGCGAGGCGCUGGGCAGCAGCGAGUCCGAAACGGAGCAGCUCACCCCUCGGCAGAAGAAACCUCGCCGGAGCCGCACCAUCUUCACAGAGCUGCAGCUCAUGGGCCUGGAGAAGAAAUUCCAGAAGCAGAAGUACUUGUCCACCCCGGACAGGUUGGACUUGGCCCAGGCUCUGGGACUCACCCAACUGCAGGUGAAGACCUGGUAUCAGAAUCGCCGGAUGAAAUGGAAGAAAAUGGUUCUUAAAGGUGGCCAGGAAGCGCCCACCAAGCCCAAAGGUCGCCCCAAGAAGAACUCCAUCCCCACCUCUGAAGAGAUCGAAGCCGAGGAGAAGAUGCACAGCCAGGCCCAGCACCAGGAGUGCCCCACGCCCUCGCCGGGACAGGAGGAGCCCUGUGAUACCCAGGAACCUGCAGCCUGCCACGUCCCGUUGGAGGUGGUGGAGCCUCCGGGCCAGCCCCAGGAGCUGCCAGUAGCCUCUUCGGAACCCCCGCCACCGCCACCGCCACCGUCAAGCUAA